AUGCAACCAGACCAAAGUACCAACAAGCGUUGUGAUGCUGAGGCAGAAGCAUCCCAUUCUCUCGAACCACCUCUUAUUGCUUCAAGCAAAGCAAAGUCAUCCGACGGUAAGAAGACUUGGUUUAAGCCAACAAUAUUCCAGAGUCACCCACGAAGAUGGCAUCGGAUCUCACAUAACACAUGGAUAUGGGAGAUUGCUGGCAUCUCGGUUUGUGUUGCAUGUCUUAUCAGCAUCAUUGGCAUUCUUUUAGCUUAUGACCAGAAGCCACAGCCUCGGGCUACAAGCGGAAUUUCUCUGACUGCAACUAUCGCUAUACUGGCCACAAUCUCCCGUGCUGCUGUACUAUUCGUAGCAGCGUCGGUUAUUGCGCAGCAAAAAUGGAUCAAGUUCGUCAAAUCCAAGAACAGUCUGAGCAUUAUCUCUCGCUACGAUGACGCUACACGAGGACCACUAGGAUCUUUUGCCUUGUUGGUAGCACAUCCAAAAAGUGCUGUUGUGAUGAUUGUGGCGGCCAUCACAGUAUUGGCCCUUGGCUUCGAACCCUUUGUGCAGCAAUCCCUCAAACUGCCAUUGCGAAAUCUCGAACUAAAGGGCACAUCGUCCAUUCUUCGCGCUUCGACGACCAUUACACAAAGCCAGCUUGAAAUUGCUUCGAAUGUUAGCCUGAUCUACAAUUCUAUUCUCUUACAGGGGCUUUACUCGGACGUCGUGGCGCCAUUGCAACCAUCUUGCACCGGAAGUUCUUGCGAUUGGCCAAUGUACUACACAGCAUCGGUCUGCUCAUCAUGUACUGAUGCGGUUAACGAGACAACCCUGGAUCGUGGAGAGGAUCAAUCAUUGCAUUAUUUCGCCACCACCGACUACCUGGACGACUUUCAAGGCUUCAGCGAGAUGUACGUUCCAGAAGAGCAAAAGUCAGAUACUUUGUCCCUGGUAUAUCCCAUCUGGCAGUGGAAUUCAUCGACCAACUACACCGUAACUGUUGGUGACUCCCCACCAGUUGAUGUCCCUGUUAACGUGACUGCCGUCUUGGAUCUAAGUGGUUAUCUUUCACAAACACUCUCUUACCCGGAGGAACUCGUAUUCGAUGCCACAAAACCUAGAGAUGGGACUCGCAACAUGAGUGGGCCUUACAGUACUCUGGGUUAUCUUAAGUUUGGUGAAUCCCAAGACGGACUGCGGCUUGAGAUUAAAGCUGCUACGAAAUGCACAAUCAGCUUGUGUGCGAAGGAACUAGUGAGCACGCUUUUCAAUGGAUCUUUAGGGACACAAGUCAAGGAACAGACCUGGGGAGAAUAUUUCCCGAUGAUGGGCAGUACUUCCUUCGGUUACAACUGGACGGCCACCCUCGGAAAUCAUACAUUCCAGGUACUAGACAAGAUAUUACCAGGCCAGUCAACGAACGCAAAUAUAUACCCCAUAGUGCAGUUGUUGGAUAGGACCAUCAUCAGCCUUGGAGGUCAAUCAUUGCGGAGCCAAAAGUAUGCAGGCGGAGUUAGAAGCUCCUUUUUGACGGACCCUCCUUCGAACACUCAGCGUUUCAUCACUGGACCUAUGCAGAAUUCUUCAGCCCGCAUCGCUCAAGCGUUCACGAACUAUUUUCAACAGAAUGGCGACACUCUGAUCUCGGGAAAAGUCUACACUGUGGUCACUUUCGUGGACGUCCAUUGGGCGUGGCUCAUCUUCCCACUCGCCAUUGUCUUAAUCUGCUUCGCGAAUCUGAUUAUUACGAUCUACCAAUCCAGAUUACUCAAACUCCCCAUUUGGAGGACUUCCCCUUACCCGCUCCUUUUUUCCUGGCAAAUGGAGGACAACAGGCCGAGGGCUACAGUUUAUGACGUGCCCGCAGUGGUGUCAGCUACCGGGCGAGAUCCAGCAUCGGGCGAUAGGAUUCCCGAAGAGCAAGAUAGAAGCUCAAAUUCCGUGGGGGUGAGCAGGCCGUUGUUAAAACGCUCAGUUGCUAUCAACGAGUAUUCAAUCAGUGCUUUGGAAAGCGUCGCGAGAGGGUCGAUGGUGCAAUUGAAAAGAACAGAUGGUCGAUGGAUGUUUGAGACGUCAGAUGUGAAGUAG